AUGGCGAAUAACAUAUCACUUGGACCCUCAAACGAUGGGGUUCAAGUGGGAAUAAAUCACGGUCAUAUUAGUGUGCACGAAGCAGCGACUACGCAAACUCAUAUCCGCACCCAGGGAGGAGCCAUCUUUGACGGGACUUUCUCCGCAAAUCGCGAUAUCUACAUCAAUCACUUUACGGAAGCCCCUCGCCUGGCUCGCGACCUUUACCAAUCUAAGAUACUUUUGCCUGUCCAACAUGAGCUUGCGCUGCUUAUUCUUGCUCUUGAGGCGGCGACGGACCAAAACUCUGCAUUUACAACAAAUGGCACAGAAUUUUGCACGAUUCGCGAUGCGCUAGAGGAAUGUUACAACGUACUCGAAGGCCUCACGGUAUUACAAAAGCGCUUCGAUGAUAUCGGUCCGGAAAUGAAGUCUGCUUUGAGGAAAAUGGAUCUGGAUGAGAAGGAGUUGAUGGAAGUGGGAAUGAGACUAGGGGCGUGGACCUGUAAAUUGAAGCGUCUGGAUACUAGGAUAGAUCAAUCCUUCCAGAAAGAUUUUGGAGGUGCAUUGGAGAGAUUCAUCGAGCAACUCCGGACAGGCGAGCGUGACAGAACUACGGUUUUGCAAGCUCUAGGCGACCCGCUUUCGGCUAACGAGAGAAUCGAGUGGAGCAAGCUACGGAACGAAUUUGAAUCUAUUGGUUUGACAGCCAGAAUAUUUGACCUAAAUCGCGAUUUCAUCGUGUUCAAUCUUCAAAGGCGUCUCCAGGGCUUCCACAAAAUGGAACCCUCUUGCGCUGACGUCAUGACGCAAUCGCAGUGCGAGAGAUGCACUCUUAAACAUUGGCUGGAUGAGAGGGUGGACCUUCCUAGUCACAUUUCAGUAAAACGGACCGUGCUUAAUGGCACCAAGGCCCAUCCCAGUUCUCCAGGUAGUUCAUCGUCCCGACUAUCAGCCAAAGACACAGGCCGGGUCAGACUGCGGGAAACUUCAGGUCUGCACGAAGAAUCGAAUCAGAUUAUCUCUACAGCUCAAAUUUUGGCUUUGAGUGGUAAGCACUCGCAAGCAGAGAUGUUACUCCUUGGGGCCAUCGAGAAUUCGACGAAAAUACAUGGUCCAAAUGACGUUGAGACGUUGUACCCAAUGUUUUGCCUUGGGAAAGUUCUUUCCUUUCAAAAACGAUACUCCGAGGCCGAAAAACUAUUCUAUGAAGUAGUCAAACAGAUGGAUUUUGCCGGUGCGCAUCAGAAUACCAACACACUCCACUCUGUUCAGUGUCUUGGCGAAGCUCUCUACCACCAGGGUCGAUUUCGUGCGGCCCAAAGUUACUUCAAGCGAACUACAAAAGAGAGACAUAUUAUCUUUGGACCUGAACAUGCCGAUACGCUUUUCUCAACUCAUUGGCUUGGCGAGGUUCUCCUGUGCCGAGGGCUUUAUUCAAAAGCCGCGGCAGUAUUUCAUCACGCUCUGACAGGAAGGCAGACCACUGUUGGUUGUGAACACAUCGAUACAAUCUUAUCAGAACAUCGGUUCCUCUACUGUCAAGGUCAACAUCACUUCGAGACCACGAAUUUUGAAGAAGCUAGAGUUUCCUUCCAAGAAGCGAAAGAUAAAGCUAAGAGCAAGUUUGGACCUAACAAUACUGACACUCAUGUCAGUUCAUUGGAUUGGGAGGUCUUUCUAUGA